AAAAGAAGACUAGCCAAGUUCCACCCCCGCGAAAGCGAAACGACACCAACUCACCAAGCCGCCCAGCUGCGCCACGUCCCACGACACCAGACCUCGACAUGUCGCAGUCGGAACCCGAGCGAUCGCACGCGGACUCGCCUCUCCACCUCGUCUUCGUGCCAUUCCUCGAGCGCAGCCACUUCGCCCCGCUCGCGGCCAAAGCGGCCUCCUCCGCAGCCGCCGGUGCAGAGCACGAGGUCGCCGCCACCACCACGGCCGCCAUCGUCACCACGGCACACUUCGCCGCCCUCGCACCGGCGUCCGUGCCAGUCCACGCGGCGCCGCUCCGCUGCCCCGGCGGGUACGAGGACUUCUCCCUCCUCCCGGACGACGCCUCCGCCGCGCCGACCUUCUUCGCCGCCGCCGAGGCCGCCCUUGCGCCGGCGCUCACCGCCGCCAUCCGCGCCCACCACCACGGCGGCGGCGGCGGCCGCCCCGUGGCGGUCGUCUCGGACGCCGUGCUCUACUGGGCCCCGCGCGUCGCGCGCGACUGCGGCGUGCCGCACGUCACCUUCCACACCAUCGGCGCCUUCGCCGCGGCGGCCAUGGUCGCGCUCCAUCUCUACCGCCCCGAGGUGCACACGGACCGGUUCGCCGUCCCCGGGGGCUUCCCGCGCCCCGUGACGAUCCACAGAGCGCAGGUCAACGAGGAGGCGCUGGCGCACCUCCCUCUCUUCCGUGCCGCGGAGGCCCAGAGCUGCGCCGUCGUGUUCAACAGCGUCGCUGCGCUCGACGCCGACUUCGCCGCGUACUACCGUAGCCAGCUCCCGGGGACGCCCAAGGAAGUGUUCCUCGUCGGCCCCACGGUCUCUCCAUCUCCACUCGCCGUCGCCAGCGGCGGUACGGAGCGGGACCCGAUUCUGCAGUGGCUCGAUGGCCGGGACGAGGGGUCGGUGGUGUACGUGUGCUUCGGGAGCACGUGCUCGCUGGGGGAGACCCAGCUUCGUGAGCUGGCCACCGGGCUGCGCGCGUCGGGCCGGCCGUUCGUCUGGGUGGUCUCGACGACGCCUCGCGGGGACGGCGGCUGCGCGGAGCGGGAGGCGCGCGCGUCCAGCAACGGCAUGGUGGUGGCCGGGCGGUGGGCGCCACAGGCGGAGAUCCUGGCGCACCGCGCGGUGGGAGGCUUCGUCACCCACUGCGGCUGGAACUCGGUGCUGGAGGCCGUGUCCGCCGGAGUGCCGCUCGCGACGUGGCCGCUCCGCGCGGAGCAGUUCCUGAACGAGCUGUUCCUCGUGGAGGUGCUCCGCGUGGGCGUGCGGGUACGCGAGUCGGACUUGGAGGCUGUGGUGCCGGCUGAUGCGGUGGUGCGCGCCGUGGGGAGGCUCAUGGGUGAUGACCAGCAGGACGAGGAGGUGUUAGCGGCGAGGAAAGCCAGAUCUCGGGAGCUCGGGGCCGCGGCGCGCGCCGCCGUGGCGGAGGGUGGCUCGUCUUCCGGUGACUGGGCACGGCUGGUAUAUGAGCUCAAGGCGUUCCAUGGCCGCCACAACGAUCCACAGACGUACAAAUGACAGGUGUAAAUGCUUGCUGCAGACACAUGAUUCAGCAAACUACGGUACAUGUCAAGCAGCCACAGUUUUAAAUCAUAUGUGCAGAAAUGCCGCAGUUGAGAAUAGCAAAUUAGCAACGAUAGCAUCUAGGCAACGGGUCAUGCAUUGAUGUGGACACGUAAAAGUUUCAUCAAACAACAACAGUUCUAAAAAAAUCAUCAUAAC